AUGGAAGAGCAAAACGUGCCCAGCGAGGUGCCGGCAGCCCUAAAGCGCCUGGCCAAAUACAUAGUGCGUGGUUUCUAUGGUGUGGAGUGCUCCCUGGCCCUGGAUGUGCUGAUCCACUACCCCUGUGUGAAAGAGGAGGACUUGUUACAGCUGCUCAAGUACGAGCGUAAGCAAUUGCGCACUGCCCUCAACGCGCUCAAGGCGGACAAGCUGGUGAAGCUGCGGAUGCGAGUUGAAACGGGGCCUAAUGGGAAGAGCACGAGGCACAAUUACUACUACAUCAAUUAUAAGGUGCUGGUGGAUGUGGUAAAAUACAAACUGGAUCAUGUGCGCCGGAAAAUAGAAGCAGAUGAGCGUGAUUCAACGACCAGAUCCUCUUUUAAAUGUCCAUCUUGCUCUAGCACGUACACAGACCUUGAAGUCAAUCAGCUCUUUGAUGCAUUUACAGAGACUUUUCGCUGCACUUACUGCAACACUGAAGUAGAGGAAGAUGGCUCAGCAUUUCCAAAGCACGACGCUCGAACGUUGCUGGCCAAGUUCAACGAGCAGAUCGAGCCUGUCUUUGUGCUGCUGCGUGAGACCGAAGAUAUUGUGCUGCCCUAUGACUUGCUGGAGCCUCAGCCAACAGAAAUACCAGAAUUAUCAGAAAGCUUUGAUCCAAAGUUGGGCUCAAGUGUGCUGGAAUGCUGCAGCCGCCCUGAAAAAUGGGCACACAGAAGUUCCACUUUUGGCCUCACAUACACCCAAAACUUAACUAUUGAUGUCCAAGACUCAAAGCAUGAGAAGAAAGUAAGAGAAAAAGCAACUGAAAAGCAACCUAUCUGGUUGUCACAAAGCACUGUGGAAGGAGCAGCAACAGCCACCAACAACAGUGUUGGAGUAAAUGCUUCUGAAGAAACUGAAGAAAAUGUUAAAGAAACUGGCAUGGAUAAUGAAAUCAUCAAGACUCUUCUGGUCCAUGAAUCCAAGUCAUCAUCUAGCACAGACCAGGCUCCUAUUGUCAAAAGCAAACUACAUGGAUCACACAGUGAUAGCAGUGAGUUUGAAGAGGAUGCCAAGCACUCAAGAGGAGCAGGAAUGAAAGUAAUAGGCAGCAACUUUGAACAAGAGGAGGAACAGGAAACUCUGGGUCCUAUUUUAAUGGUAGCUGGCCAACCCUGUUCAUAUGGCCAAGUUAGUGAAAACCCAGAGCUUGUGUCUCUCAUGACAAAUGAAGAGAGAGAUGCUUAUAUAAAAGUAGGACAAGAAAUGUUCCAGUCUGUCUUUGAGUAACUACUACUGUAGGAAUGAAUAUCCAACCUCAUAUAGAAUGGAUGAAGCUUCUGACUUAUGUUCUUCAAAGUUUACCACUGAAGGGUUUUGUUUGAACUUGCUCUUAAGCAAGAUGGUAAUCCUGUAGUAGGUAACUACAGUUCAAAUAUUUUCAUUGCAGCCACAGCAAGUGUUGUUUGUUGUUGUAAUGCUUAGACUGUGGAUGAUGUAAUUAGUUUUGGAGCAUGAAUACAUUUGGAUACAUUUGGAUCUCAUUA